ACUAGCUGCGGGGCUCGCUAAACGCUCGCCGAGCUCCAUGCUGUGCAACACCACCUCCUCACUAAUCGUCAGGGGCGCGGAGAGCGCAGUGCACUGCGGUGAGGCUGCGCAGCGGGGGCUCACCCCCUGCACCGCGCUCAGCGGCGCAGGGGAGGGCGGUCGGUGGCGGCGGCGGCGAGGCGCGAGGCGGUGGCGGCGGUGGUGCGGGCGGCGGGAUGACAGGGGAGGCGGCGGGAUUGACAGGGGAGGCGGCGGCCACGAGCGGAGCGGCGCGAGAAGGGGGGGGGGGGGCGGCGAGGCGCCGGUGAGCGAGGCGCCCGCGCCAUCAGAGGGACGCGCCGCUGCGAGAUGGAGGGCGGCGGUGACGGAGGCGAGGCGCGAGGCGGCGGCGGCGGCGGCGGCGGCGGCGGCGGCGGUGGAGACAACGGCGGCACCGAGUCUCGGUGAGCGGCGGCGGGAGGAGGAGCAGCGGCGGCGCUCGCUCGCUGUUGACGGGAGCGCUUUUGAGCCUGGGAGCCCAUGCCACUG